CACAGUCCCUACAUAUUCGUUGGCCAAACAAUUCACUUAAAAUCAGAGAAAAAAGUGAUAAUUAGUGUAUUAAAGUUUAGUUUAAAGUUUAAUUAUAAUAAACGAUUUACUCGAUACUGUAAAUUUCAAAUAAUUUAAAUAAAAAAAUAAUUCAAAUGGCAUCAACAAAUAAACAAACUAAAAAUAAACAGAAACCACAGCAGCAAGUUUCAAAGAAGGACAUUCCAAAUCCUCCCAAAAUGACUGAUCAGAAAAAGCAAAACAAGAAGCAAAAGAAAGCUUGCGAUGGAUCAUCAAAGUCUUCUUGCUGUCCAUGGUUUUUUGGAUCUCUGAUACUUUUUGGAGUUAUUGCUGGACUAAUUACGUACGAAACAAACGUCUUAUACGGUGGAAAGUUCGAAGAAACAGCUGUUGGUCGAGUGCUCAAACAAAUGGGUGCUUUGCCUCAUGUUGAACAUGCUUGGUUCACAUCACUUAAAUAUAGUGCACGAGGCUAUAAAUGGACCGAGGAAAAUGCUCCAAUUGCUUAUGGCAAAUCGAAAACAUUCCUCGAGCCUUACGGUGAAUUUGCUAAAGAUUUAGGCAUCACAAUACUCAAUACGGGCAAAAAAGGCUAUGAAUGCACAAAAGAUUUCGUCUAUGAGAAAAUUCCUGUUGUCUUAAACUUCAUCGAUAGUUAUGCGCCAGGAAUGGGCGAUAAAAUUAGCGAAGUUACAUCAACAACAAUUAAAGGAUUUUGUAGUAUAACAUGCAAUACAUGGAGGCAUUUUGUUGAUUUCUUCAAGACUAAAGUUUUUGUUGGAAACUUCUCGCCAGAGAAUUUAGGAAAAAUGAUGAAUACAACAUCUCAGCGUGCUCUGGGCUAUUAUAGUUGGUUCCACGAAAAAGUAGACUUUUAUGCUAAGGUAGAGUAGAGUUUGGUUACUGCCAAAAAAUCACAAGUAAUUGUCAAUGUAGCGUGAAAAGUUCUCAAAUAUAUAAAAAAAGUAAGAUUAAAUGUGAAUCAACAACAGAAUUGAACGUAACUUAAUUUCAUUUUUUGGUUUAUCUUCUUCUUUUUUGGGUUUUUAUUUCUCUCAUUUUUUGAAUAACUUAAUUAAAAAAAUCAAAAUAAACUUUUUCAUCUCUCAGAACCUUACAAAAAAGUUAAUGAUUUAUAAAAUAAAAAGUACUACUUAUAUAAAAA